AUGGGCGUCGUCACGAAAGCUCUCCACGUGACCCUACGACUGUGGCAACUCAUCAGUUCCGUGAUCGUGUUGGGAAUCCUCGCCCGCUUCCUUCACUACGUCGCCAGGGGCGGCGGUGGGAGGGAUGGACGAGUCAUCUACGGGAUCAUUGCCGCCUCCAUCAGCACACUCUUCGCCCUCGCUUUGCUGGCGCCGUUCAAGUGGGCCUUUUGGGCCUUUCCGAUGGACCUCAUCCUCUUCAUCAUGUGGUUGAUCGCCUUCUCCCUCUUCGCUACGCGUGCACGGAAUUGCAGCGCGGGAUGGUUUUUCAGUUAUUGGAGACCGUACUGGUCCGAAGCGUGGGAGGAUUCCAAUGGCGACGGCCAGCAAGGGACCUCGGGCUGCGGUCCGUGGAGAACGGUGUUGGCCUUCUCGUUCAUGGCCAUGAUUGCGUUCCUGGCCAGCGCUAUUCUGGGCGCUAUCGUUCUGGCUAGACGGCUCCAAAAGAAGAGAAGGGAAAAGAGGGGGUAA